AUGACUUUCUUAUUCAUCUCAUGGGUUGCAACGAUCACUGCUGGUUGGAAUAUUUCGCAAAGUGCAAUGGGCUUCUACCACUAUAGAAACUCCAACACUUGGACGUUGCUGUUCUUCUUCUGA